AUGAAGUAUGUUCAACGAUCGUAUCAAGAACAAAAUCCUAAUUAUCAGCAGUAUAAUCAACCGAUGCAAAUACCACAUAAUAACCCGAUAGGUAACGUAAAUCAGCAAUACGUACCUAUGAAAUCCCCAGGUCAACAAAGCAUUUAUAUAGCUGGAACUACACCGUCUCAACCAAUAGUUCUCUAUCCACGACCACUUCCACGACCUUUUAAUCCUGUAAAUAUGCAAAUCUAUCAGCGUCCAACUCUACAACAAGCUCAGUUCUCUGUUCCUCGUUUAUAUUCAUCUAUGCGUCCAUGUAUGGAGAUUCUUGCAAGGCAUGCUGAUGAAUAUCACUUCACAUAUACUGGACCAGAGAGCUGUGGUGCGGGUUAUCACGUAGGCUAUGGUGAUGUAGUUGGACUACAGUAUCAUCUAGACAGCUCCCCCGUUCCUGUUGACUCUAAUUAUUUUGAAUUCGCAGAUAAGCAAGAGCCCUUAGUACUAAUAGCAUCGACGUAUUGUUCAGGAAGAAAACUAAUAUCGAUAUUAAAGUGUCUAAAAGAUUAUAAAGCAAAAUUUUCAAAAUUCGACCCAAAAACACAAAAAACAGCAUUACAUCGGUUAUUUGAUAAUACGGCAUUACGCAAGGAUGUAACAGAGAGAAGUGGUGGUGUAAGAAAAUAUGUCGAUUGCGUCACAAGUUAUGAUGAUGUUCAACGCAAUUGUAACAUUAAUGCCAGAGAUUAUGAAGGAAAAACCAUAUUAACAUUUUAUAUGAUAGAUCAAUUUUAUGCUAUAAAGCCUGAAGAAAAAAAAGAAAUAGUUUCUUUACUACUCGAGUGUGGUGCUGAUCCAAAUGAAGGAUGUUCUAUCAAGAGUAUAUUUUAUACAUUUGAAGCACCGACUGCACUAUUUAUGGCUAUACAUUAUGACUGGCCAACGGAUAUACUUUUACAAAUAUGCAAAAAGGGAUGUUAUGUUAACAUGAAGGAUAGUAAACAACGGAAUGUCUUGAGUUUAGUAACCUCUGAAAGAAAACCUGAUUAUAUGAGGUGGUUAUUGGAGAAUUGUGCAGAUUUAAGCAAAUCAGAAAGCUUGGAAUCUGCAUUAAAACAUUCUGGAAACAAACUUUCUAGGGAGUCUUUGAUAUUGCGAUUUUUUAAUAAUGGAAAACGAAAAAAAGUAUUUCGGCAAGAAAUGCAUGAUAAAAGAAUCUCUUCCCGUGACAAUAUGAAUUAA